CCCAGUUUCAUAGUAGUAGCCUCAAACCUAGCGGGUCAAUUACUUGCCCUGUCUUACGUAAUGGAAAAUACAUUCCUAGGACUUCCUGGUCAGGCAAGACGAUUCUUCGUUACCGCAAGGCUAUUGGCAAACUUGGUCUGGAUAGUAGGAUCAUUGAGGCAUAUAAGCAAACAUAACCAUUCGCAAGAAAUAGCAAAGAAUCUAUUCGGCUUACUAUUAAAGAGACUCACUCAUAUACAAACGGAAUUUGGCGAAGAUUUUAACCUUAAUCAGCUCGGUGAUUUCCAAAGUAGAUUGCAGCGAGCCCAUGACAAUACGACAGUAACAACCAUAACACCAUUAUUCGAUUAUAUUGAAUCGUUCGUGCCUCCAGCAGUAGAUUUUCGGAACCUAUUAAAAAGAUCGGAUGCUGUAAUCAUAGAACCCGCAUACCAGUCAACCACAGAGCAAGUGUUCAAUAGCGAAUUUCCAUUGAGAAUACGCAUUAUAGCAGACGUCUUUAAUGUUGCUGAUACAGGCAGUAUUGGAGUACAGGUGACUUUCCCAGAUCAGAAAGUCAGGCAGUUUUGGCCUCCUUCUUCUCAGUUCGUGCUUAUCAAGCCAUUUUAUUAUCGAUUAAAAACAUCUAUAGAAAUCUCCCAAUCCUCAUGGACCGCAAAAUGUUCGAUCGAAAUAAAAAUAAUUCGAUCGUUCGAGACAGACAUUCCGGACUUGGACGAAUGUAUCUUGCGACAGACUAUCACCAGAGAUGUCGUAUCCACUACUUCCGGUGGCACCAUCGCCUUAUCAAAGAGCAUCUUGUGGGACGAUUCCUUGAGAUUCGGUCAAACUUCCCUUGACAAU